GUCUGCACAUUCGCCACAUGACCUGGAUCUUCUACAUCAUGAAUACACGGUUCUUUCUGCGCUGCACGCGUCUGAAACUAUGGAGGGGAUUAUCAGUGCUUAUGCGCUUACUGAUGCUGGAUUGGAAUUGGAGUGGGCGGAUAUGGGGGAUGCGUGGUCGUAUGUUCGCACGCGUGGUCCACUUGGGAAGAGCUUGUGGUUAUGGGUCGCACAUAAGCUCGUUUGCGCUGUGGAAGGAUUGCAGGCGAGGAAAUGCGUACAUGGCGAUAUUAAGCCGCAUAACGUACUCUUGUCUUCUUCUUCCUCCAACUCCGAUUCAGAUUCAGGUUCAGAUUACCCGGAGCCGAAGUUGGGUGAUUUCGCAUCUGCACGUAUGCCUGGCGUCGAGGGUGAGGGAUUGGUUGAGGGGGUAUUGACGCCUGCUUAUGCCGCUCCUGAGCUCCUUAUCUCAUCUGCUGCUCCAUCGACCUCCUCUGAUACCUUUAGUCUUGGACUCACACUUCUUGCACUCGCGACGGGUCGUGAACCGUAUGAAGGCCGGAGUAAAUGGGAGAGUGUCGGGUGGGCCGCGAGAGGGGAGUGGUGGCGUGGCGUUGGUGUUGAGGUAUUGGAGAUGGGGGAUGUUGUUAGGGAAGUUGUUGGAGUGAUGUGUGCCCGUGGGCCCGGAGAGAGGAUGAGUUUGGAGGAGGUUAGGAUGAUGAUUGAGAAGGAGAUGGAGGGGUGAGGAGUGGGGUUUUGAACGCUGGCGUUCGAUUGGUAUGGGUAUUGGCGUUUUGUGACUUUUUCGCUUUCUUGAAGGGUAUUAUUAGCCGAUUGAAUGGGUUGGAUGGGAUGGGAUAGCAUUAUUAUCACAGAGAAAGAUGACUCGAGAGAGAUGAGAGGUGUACGAUACAAAAUAGCCGAAGAGAACGAGAUGGGGAUGGAGGAUG